AUGAGUAGUAUUCUCAGUUGGAAUGUGAGGGGUAUUAAUACCCAAGGUGUCAUGGAAAGACUUCAAUCCCUGAAGAGUAUCCAUCAGAUUUCCUUAUUUGCUAUCCUGGAAUCUUUUUCUGAUAGCUCUCAAAUUCAUCAGUUCAGAAACCAGCUUAACAUGGACAAUGCUAUUAGCAACCCAAAUGGUAAGAUUUGGUUGUUUUGGAACAAAGAUGUGGAUUGUAGGAUUCUGGAAAAUGGGGAACAGGUGAUUACUUGUGAAAUCUUCCAUGUAAUGAAUCCAAACCAAUUCAGAGUUUCAUUUGUCUAUGCAAAAUGCAAAGAUCAUCUCAGAAGACCCUUAUGGGAUAGCAUGUUGCAGCACUCAAAUACAACCCUCCCUUGGUGUACCUUAGGUGACUUCAAUGUUAUCACUGAACCUGAAGAGAAACUGGGGGGUGUUACCUACAAUAUGAGAAAGAGCUUGGAGUUCAUAAGCAUCAUUCAAGCCUGUGGUCUUCAGGAUUUGGGAUUCUCUGGACAGAAAUACACUUGGUCUAAUCAGAGGGGUAUCUUCUUUAGAAUCUGGAAGAGAUUAGAUAGAGGUAUGGUCAAUGACAAAUGGCUGGAAGUGAUGCCUCAAACUACUAUCACUCACUUACCUACUGUUGGCUCUAACCAUUGCCCUCUCUUGUUAGAGUUCACUGAGAACCAUCAACACCACAUCAAGUAUUUUAAAUUCAUGAAUUGUUGGACAGACCACCACUCCUUCAUGGAUACUUUUGGGGACAUCUAUGCUAAGGUGAAAGAGUAUGAAGACAAGGUUAGACAAGCUGAGGAGGAUCUGAUUCUUCUUAACUCUGAGGAAUGUAGAGCCAAUCUUCAUGCCAUCAAUGCUGAGUAUAUUAGAUAUCUUAAGUUGGAGGACUCCAUGCUCAAACAAAAGACUCAGUUGCAAUGGUUCAAAGAGGGGGACAAGAACUCCAAGUACUUUCAUGCAAUCAUCAGAGGAAGAAGAAGGAAACUCUUCAUCCAUAGGAUUCAAAAUGAUGAAGGUAACUGGUUGCAAGGGGAUGAUGACAUAGCCAGGGCUGCUUGUGAUCAUUUCCAGAACAUUUUCACUAGUGAAGACACUCAUAUUCAGGAGGAUUCCCUUCAAUGUAUUCCUAAGCUUGUCACAGAUGAUCAAAACAGGGACCUCCAAGCUCUCCCCACCUUGGAGGAACUGAGGACUGUGGUCUUCUCUAUGAACCCCAACUCAGCAGCUGGCCCUGAUGGAAUGAAUGGUAAGUUUUUUCAGGAGUGCUGGGAGAUCAUCAAAGAAGAUCUAUUCAGAGUGGUCCUUUCUUUCUUUAAUGGUCAAACAUUGCCUAAGUACUAUACUCAUACCUAUUUGGUUUUACUCCCAAAAGUAAGCCAUCCAACCAAGCUCUCAGAAUUCAGGCCUAUUAGCCUUAGCAACUUUACCAAUAAGAUUAUUUCCAAGCUUUUAUGCCUCAGACUAGCACCUACUCUUCCUACUCUUAUUUCCCCUAACCAAUCUGGUUUUGUUAAAAAUAGGAGUAUCUCUGAGAACAUCAUGCUAGCUCAAGAAAUCAUUCACCAAAUUAAGAAGCCUAAUGUAGGUGGUAAUGUGGUCAUUAGGCUGGACAUGGCCAAGGCCUAUGAUAGAGUCUCUUGGUCCUAUAUCUGUUUGGUCUUGAGGAAAAUGGGCUUUGGAGAAGGGUUCAUUGAUAUGGUAUGGAGAAUUAUGUCUCACAAUUGGUAUUCCAUCAUUAUCAAUGGCUCAAGACAUAGUUUUUUUCACUCCACAAGAGGUCUGAAGCAAGGGGACCCUCUUUCUCCCUCUCUGUUCAUCCUUGGGGCUGAAGUUUUAUCUAGACUCCUGAACAAUCUCCAUCAUCAUCCUAAUUAUCAGGGUUUCUUCAUGGCAAAGAGGGGGCCUCAAAUUAAUCAUCUCAGCUUUGCAGAUGAUGUUAUCAUCUUUUCUUCUGGGAGAGCCCAAACUUUGCAACUCAUUAUGGAAACCUUGCACACUUAUGAGAGUACCUCUGGUCAGCUGAUCAACAGAGACAAGAGCCAGUUCAUGGUCCCUUCUAAUGCCUUCAAUUCUACUGUAAGAAGAAUUAAGAAGGUCACUGGCUUCAGGCAAAAGGAUAGCCCUAUCACUUAUCUAGGGUGCCCUCUUUACAUUGGCAGACAAAAGCUCAUAUAUUACUCUGAUUUGAUUGCCAAGGUGGUGAAUAGAAUAACAGGGUGGCAGGCUAAGAUCCUCAACUAUGGAGGCAGAGUCACUUUGGUUAAACAUGUCAUCCAAGCACUCCCCAUCCACCUGCUGUCAGCUAGCUCCCCUCCUAUAACCAUUCUCAAACAGAUUCAGAGUAUCACUGCAAACUUCUUCUGGGGGUGGAAGAAUGACAAGAGGAAGUACCACUGGUCUUCCUGGAAAAACCUUAGCUACCCCUAUGAUGAAGGUGGUAUUGGUGUUAGACAAAUCUCUGAUGUGGCCAAGUCUUUCCAAUAUAAACAGUGGUGGACUUUUAGAACUAAGAACUCACUAUGGGGAGAUUUUACCAAAGCAAAGUACUGCCAAAGAUCCAAUCCCAUCACCAAGAAAUGGCACACUGGACAAUCUUUGAUAUGGAAGCAUCUUAUGAAGAACAAGCACAAAGUUGAGCCUCACAUCCAAUGGCAAAUACAGUCUGGCUCUUGCCUCUUUUGGUGGGACAACUGGUUGGGAGUGGGUCCUUUAGCCCAAUUCAACAACAACAGCUGCAGGCUUAACAACACCACUGUUUCAGCCUUCAUGGACAAUAGACAAUGGAACACUGAUCUUUUCAUCCAGCAGGCCCCUCCACAGAUGGUGUCUAAUAUUCUUGCUACUCACAUCAAUUACCAACCCCUCCAGCAUGACCAACCAUGUUGGACACUAAACAACAAUGGGGAGUUUAGCUGUUCUUCUGCUUGGAAUAUCAUCAGAGACAAGAGACCCAAAACCAGGAUUAACUCAAAUACCUGGCAUCAAUUCAUACCUUUCAAAUGUUCCUUUCUUGUUUGGAGAGCCCUUAGGGGAAAGUUACCAACCAAUGAGAAAAUAACCAGCUUUGGACACUCUCCUUCACAAUGCUUUUGCUGCUACAGACCUGGCCAAGACACUAUAGACCAUAUCCUUGUUGCAGGAGCAUUUGCCAGGAGUACUUGGAGUAUGUUUGCUGACUCUGUGGGCAUAAGCAAGGAAUACACACCUCUCAGAAAUUUGUUAAUGAGAUGGUGGACCUCUAAAUGUAGGAAUGAGGCUCACAAGCUCAUGAUACAAGCACUCCCUAUCUUCAUAUGCUGGAACCUCUGGAAGAAUAGAUGUGCUUCAAAAUAUGGAGGAAAGCAUUCUAACCUUGCAAGAGUAAAGUUCUCUGUCUUUAAAGACACUUCCCACUUGCUGCACAGUGCUUUUCCUUAUAUCAACUGGCCCAACAACUGGAGGGACAUGUCCAAACCAACUGACCAUUUGGUGAAGCUGAACACUGAUGCAUCUUGUGAUCUCAUGUUUGCUUAUGCAAUCCCCUUAGGAUCUGGAACUAACAAUCAAGCAGAGAUCAAAGCUGCUAUCUUUGGUCUCUCUUGGUGCCUUCAUCUUGGCUACAAUCAAGUCAUACUAGAGGUUGAUUCCCAAUUACUUCUCAAAUGGCUGCAACAGGAAGCAAAGCCUCCAUGGUCCGUCAAAGAGCUGCUGGACAAGCUCAAUAACAUCAUAAACCAAUUCCAGGAAUUCAGCUGCAACGACACCUUCAGGGAAGCCAAUUCCACAGCUGAUAGCUUGUCCAAACACAGCCACAAAUACUCUGUUCCUGAGCUCUACUUCAACAAGCAGGAUCUUCCCAAAGAGGCCAGAGCCCUCAUGGAGCUAGACAUGCUGGGAAUGGCAAAUUUCAGAAGAAGGAGACUCAAAAGGAUUAAGAAGCCCCCCUGA